UAUCAUCAUCAUAUCCGUGACCUCUCGUCUUUUCGUCACAAAAGUCUCCAGAUUGCUCGGAGCAGCUGUCACAACAUCAAAAAUGAGCUCUUCAUCAUCUUCUAGAAUUCACAAUGGUGAAGAUGUUUAUGAAAAGGCGGAGGAAUACUGGAGCCGCGCGAGCCAGGACGUCAACGGAAUGCUCGGCGGAUUCGAAGCGCUUCACGCGCCCGACAUAUCGGCGUCGAAACGAUUUAUUGAAGGACUGAAGAAAAAGAAUCUAUUCGGCUACUUUGACUAUGCACUGGACUGCGGAGCGGGUAUCGGACGUGUUACAAAGCAUCUCUUAAUGCCAUUCUUCUCGAAAGUUGAUAUGGAAGACGUCGUCGAGGAGUUGAUCACGAAAAGUGAUCAAUAUAUUGGAAAACAUCCACGAAUUGGAGAUAAAUUCGUCGAAGGACUGCAGACGUUUGCACCGCCCGAACGACGUUAUGAUUUGAUAUGGAUUCAAUGGGUUUCAGGGCAUUUGGUUGAUGAGGAUUUGGUUGAUUUCUUUAAAAGAUGUGCGAAAGGACUGAAACCUGGUGGAUGUAUUGUGCUCAAGGAUAAUGUGACAAAUCACGAGAAACGGUUAUUCGACGAUGAUGAUCAUAGUUGGACGAGAACAGAGCCCGAGCUUCUUAAAGCGUUCGCCGAUUCUCAACUGGACAUGGUCUCGAAAGCACUGCAAACCGGAUUCCCAAAGGAGAUUUAUCCAGUAAAAAUGUAUGCAUUGAAGCCUCAACACACCGGAUUCACCAAUAAUUGAUUUAAAUAUCGAUUUUUAUUCGUUUAAUUGCAAUUUUCCCGAAAAUUUCAUGUUUUACAUGCGUGCUCACGUUAUUUCUGUUAAAUAAAUGUUAAGCAAUAUUUU